GUAUUAGUUCUUACAUGCCCUUUUAACCCAUUUUGACUUAAAAAUCAACCAAUUGAACAUGUCAAGGUCAUGGCAGUAUUCAGUAGAAUGUUGAGAAGCAUUUGGUAGUAAUCUUGACUGUUUACUUGUCAAAAUACAGAAGCCCAACAAAGCAGGUGUAUCACCUAAUAAGAACUUUUAGUUAGAGGUAGAAGUCUGGUUAUACGACACCGUUUGACGCUUUUCAACGAUAAGAUAACACUUCGAUACUAGCGAGCAGGGGGAUGGAAGAGUAUUAGGAGAUCUUGUUGAACUCGCCUGAGAACGCCGGCGUUUCGGUCCCCGACGACGUCUUUUCGAUCCGGGACUUGUCACCGAUGGCCUUGGCAUCGAUCUGUGCUCAGUGUCUGAACUUACUACUCCCUCAAAUGGGGACGGAGAUUUGAGCUAUUACAAGGUGAAGGAACCGGAGAAUAAGAGAAAGGAAAGGGCUGCGGUGACAUAUGAGAGAAAGAAGCUGCUAAACGAACUGAGGUUGAAGGUUGAGAAGACUGCUGAAGAGACGCUUGGUUCCCAGUUAGACAUACUUGCCCCUGUCAAGUAUUGAAGUCUUAGCUCUUAACUAGUUACUAAAUUUUGUGUAGGAUUUGUCCACUGGGGAUUUCACUUAUUUAGUUACUCAAUUUUGUGUAGGAUUUGUUCAUUGGGGAAUUCUUUCACUACUUCUAUUUCAUUGAGCUAAAACUGAAAAUAUGAAUCUGUUGAUAUUUUUAAAAAAGUUCAUAGACCUGGAUGUUAAUUUGUGCACCAAAACUCGAGGCCAUAGAAGGCACUCGUGCCACCAUAAAAGGUGGAUUACAUCUCUCGGACACGAGACAAAUGAGUUUAGGGAAAAAAUCUCAAGAAAACUGGAGCUCUAUCUCCGGAUUCCAUCAAUUGUAUCCGCGCCAUCAAUCAUAUUUCAGUACAGUUAUUCCCGCUUUUACUUCAGCUUCAAGUUUUAUUGCAAGUUUUGUCAGUUGCCCCAUUUUUUAAGGAGAAUUAAUACGUGAGUACCAUGUCUUAAUGGAAGUUUCAAAUCUCUAUUCUUGUAAGACAAAUAAAAAUAUAAGGAAUUUGGAUCAUAUAUUUGCACAAAAGAUACAGAAUAAAAAAAAAUAAAAAAAUAAAACUUGAAAAAAAAAUAAUAAUAAAAUUUAUUAUUUUAGCUUAUAUUUGACUCUUUCUAGGUUGGUAGUACAUGAUUUUUCGUUAACUUCCCCUCAAAUCUACAUGCAUUAAAGAAUUACCUACAUGUGCACAAACAACACACUUGGCAGCAUACCAGUGGACUUUGGUGAUGUAGCUUUAAAUCUAAGUAUACUUGGUUACCCUUUCCAUGCCAGAUUUUUAGGAAUUGUAGGACUCUUUGUCCAUAUCAUUUGUUUGUUGUGUAUAUUUAUAUCUAACUAGAUUUUGUUUCUAUCUUACUAUUAUUUUAAUUAUUAAUGAAUGAGAGUCUAUUGAGGAUCAACGUUUGAUCAAAGAUGCUGUAGUUUGGUUUUUUGUCAUGGGGUGGUUUGAUUCUUUUUUUGUUUUGGGAAAAGAUAGGAGAAGGUUCAUCAAACGCAAAGACAGUGAUGCCGGAGAAACAGGUCGAGCGUUGGAAGAGCUUAGAAGUUCUAUUUACAAUGACUUCAGAACAUCUGAUGGAGCCAAGAGGCAGCAACAACGAAUUUGCACGCCAGUUGUGGCCAUGUCCUUCAACUUCAUCGUGGCUGUUGGAAUCAUUCUAACAAACAAAUUAGUGAUGGGCAGAGUUGGAUUUAACUUCCCGAUCUUCCUCACAGUAAUCCAUUAUGUCUUUGCUUGGAUACUCCUAGCGAUUUUCAAGACAUUUUCAGUUCUUCCGGUAUCUCCUCCUUCAAAAACCACUCCUUUCUCCUCUCUUUUCUUCUUGGGAGUUGUCAUGUCUUUUGCAUCUGGCCUUGCCAAUACCAGUCUCAAGCACAACAGUGUCGGAUUCUAUCAAAUGGCUAAGAUUGCAGUCACACCAACAAUUGUUCUUUCUGAGUUCGUUUUGUUUCGGAAAACAAUUUCUUUUAAGAAGGUUGUGGCUCUUGUUCUUGUUUCAGUAGGCGUUGCAGUUGCGACUGUAACUGAUUUAGAGUUUAAUUUAUUCGGCGCUUGUAUUGCCAUUGCGUGGAUAAUUCCAAGUGCUAUCAAUAAAAUCCUCUGGUCUAACCUACAGCAACAAGGCAACUGGACUGCCCUUGGGUUGAUGUGGAGGACGACGCCAAUAACGAUCUUCUUCUUACUGGCUUUAAUCCCUAUAUUGGAUCCCCCAGGAAUUCUAGCAUUCAAGUGGGAUAUGAAUAACACAUUUGCAAUCCUUAUAUCGGCUCUCUUCGGUUUUCUACUUCAAUGGUCUGGUGCCUUGGCACUUGGGGCAACUUCUGCAGUCUCUCAUGUUGUCUUAGGACAAUUCAAGACCUGUGUGAUCCUUUUGGGAGGAUAUUUGAUUUUUGAUUCAGAUCCAGGAUUUGUAAGCCUUUGUGGGGCCGUCGUUGCGCUGGGUGGAAUGUCAGUUUAUACAUCUCUGAAUCUAAAAGAAUCUGUCGAAUCCUCAAGCAAGCAGCUUCCUAAACAAAACUUACCUCCAGAGACUAAUUCAACUAGCAGCAACCCCAAUGUAAGUGUGGUUUGAGUUGUAAGAAGAGGAAAGCUCAUAUGAACUAGAGACAUGCCAGCUAGAGAUUUUGGUUUGAUUGUACAGACUAAUUCUGCAUUAUUUGGUUUCAUCAUCCAAGGAGACAUCAAAGAAAUUCAUCAUCCAAGGAGACAUCAAUGAAACCAUAAAGAAAUCAGUACCAAUUAGAUUCUGCAUUAUUUGGUUUCAAUCAGUACCAAUUAGAGCUGUAUAACUUCAUCUUUUUCAUUGAUAUGAAGGAGGAGUUGGUUUACAGGUGAGACGUUGAAAAAAGGAAAAUUUGUGAAAUCUCACCUACUGUAUGGACCUCUCAAAUCCAUCUAACAAUAAUUUAAGUCCAAAGCAGC